CUCUCUCUCUCUCUCUCUCUCUCUCUCUCUCUCUCUGUACAUUGAUAUUUCUUCUUCUUCUUCUAUAAUGAUCGGAGCUCAAUUUCAUGUGACGGAUCGCUCAGCUGCCAUCCGUUCGAUCCCAAGCACUUGGCCUGCUGCUAGUUCUGCUUCUUCCUCCUCGCUCCACUCGGUCUUCACGGUUCGAUUAGGUUUCAGAACGACAAAACGGUGUCGUGGCCUCAAAUCGAUCGGCAUUAGCUGCAACAACUCUUCCUCUCGUUCCAGAUCCAGCAAUGCCGAUCACCACGAUUACGAUUAUCUCCAAGCUUCUCUCCUCCUCUCAGAAACUAUAUCUCACUACCGUAUGCAAAAGCGAGGGUUUAAAGAAGAGACGAAAUGGCAGUCCUCUGGUAAAUUGCGUCCCUUUUCAGCUCAAGCAAACCGAUCUCGAAACCUCUUUGAUACCUUAGGCCGAAACAUUCUCCAGCGUUUCCAAAAUCCCACGAUUUUUCUCAAGAUUUCUUGUGAUGGAGACUUUUUGCUUCCAAUUGUUGUAGGUGAAUUUGCCAUAGAAAAUCUCAUCGAUGCCCAAUGGGGAGAUGAGAAUGGGGACUCCCCUGAUCAAUUCCAGUUUGUGAGUAAUCUCGUCGACAAACUUGGUUAUCAAGUGAAUAUGGUGAGAAUUACAGAAAGAGUGAUGAAUACUUACUUUGCCGGAUUGUGUUUUAGCAAGCCAGGGGAAAACGAGGUUUUUAAUGUGAAUGCACGUCCGUCAGAUGCCAUAAAUGUUGCACAUAGAAGCAAGGUAAAUGUCUUUGUUGCACAUAGAAGCAAGGUGCCCAUAUAUGUAAAUAAACAGAUUGUCUUAACUGAUGCUGUAAGAAUCAGUUAUGGGAUGGGCCGAGUGCGUGAUACAAAGUCUGUUUAUGAUGUAUCUCUUGACAGUGCUGCAGAUGGUCCCGAUUUUUUAAUUCAAGAACUUGAGUUGGUUAAUAAUAUCAGUUUAGCUAUUAAAGAGGAAAGAUAUAAAGAUGCAGCCAUGUGGAGAGACAAACUAGUCAAGCUUCGCAAGUCAAUUCAAGGGCCUUAACCAAAUAUAUAAGGUUAAUCCGCUUCUAAAUAAGUUGAUGCUUCUACGCACUGUUGGCAUAGCAAUUCAUUAUGGAGAUUCUAGUGCAAGGAACAACUUUAUGCUUUAUUGGAUAAUGAGAGAACUUUUAAAAUAUUGAAUGUACAGCUACUGUAGAAUAUUGAAUACUGCCCCCAAGUAUGUAUAUGUAAAACCAUGUACUCAGAUGGAUUCUUCAAACCAUAAGCAUGGUCAGCCUUCUUUGGAGAUUCGUAUCCACGGUUUGUAAAUCUCAGCAAAGUGUUAUAUGACAAGAAAGAAUGAAAUUGCGUUCGUUUGAAUCUAAUUGAAAGAAUAUCUUGUUCUUUCUAA